UUCAUUACAUGUUAGUCACCAAAUUAAAUUUCCGUUUCCUCUGCAUUUCUUCUUCUUCUUCGGGUUACUGAAAAAAUCUGACCUUUCAGUUAUGGCUGUAUUGUUGAACACUCAAUUCUCCUCUUUUUUCUCUCCUCUCCGAUCUACUAAACUCUCUCCCCGCUCCAUCUCCACGGCUUCUUCAGCGUCCAUCUCCACACCGAACAGUGAAACAUCUCCCUCCAGCAAUGCAAUUAAAACCGAAGCUAUCUCCGUGAAACCUCUUUACAUCCCCACACCACCCAAUCGUGACCUCAGGACUCCUCACAGCGGGUACCAUUUCGAUGGAACAGCGAGGAAGUUCUUUGAGGGAUGGUAUUUUAGAGUUUCGAUUCCAGAGAAGAAGGAGAGUUUUUGCUUCAUGUAUUCUGUGGAGAAUCCUGCUUUUCGGAAGAGACUCUCACCGUUGGAAGUUGGUUUGUAUGGACCAAGGUUCACUGGUGUGGGAGCUCAGAUUCUUGGAGCUAAGGAUAAGUAUAUAUGCCAAUAUACAGAGGAGUCUCACAACUUCUGGGGAGAUAGGCAUGAGCUAGUUUUAGGGAAUACAUUCAAUGCCAUGCCAGGCGCAAGAUCUCCAGAGAAGGAGGUUCCACCAGAGGAGUUUAACAGAAGAGUGUCUGAAGGGUUCCAAGCUACCCCAUUUUGGCAUCAAGGUCACAUUUGUGAUGAUGGCAGAACUGAUUAUGCUGAAACUGUGAAAUCCGCUCGGUGGGAGUAUAGUACCCGUCCUGUUUACGGCUGGGGUGAUGUUGGAGCCAAACAGAAGUCUACUGCAGGCUGGCCAGCAGCUUUUCCUGUGUUUGAGCCUCAUUGGCAGAUAUGCAUGGCAGGAGGCCUUUCAACAGGGUGGAUAGAAUGGGGUGGUGAAAGGUUUGAAUUUAGGGAUGCACCUUCUUAUUCAGAGAAGAAUUGGGGUGGAGGCUUCCCUAGAAAAUGGUUUUGGGUCCAGUGUAAUGUCUUUGAAGGGGCAAAAGGGGAAGUUGCAUUGACAGCUGCUGGAGGGUUGAGGCAGUUACCUGGAUUAACUGAGACAUUUGAAAAUGCUGCAUUGGUUUGUGUGCACUAUGAUGGAAAAUUGUAUGAGUUUGUUCCAUGGAAUGGUGUUGUUAGUUGGGAAAUGUCUCCAUGGGGUUAUUGGUUUAUGACUGCAGAGAAUGAAACCCAUUUGGUGGAACUAGAGGCAAGAACAAACGAGGCAGGUACACCUCUGCGAGCUCCAACCUCAGAAGCAGGUUUAGCUACAGCUUGCAGAGAUAGUUGUUACGGUGAGUUGAAGUUGCAGAUAUGGGAACGGCGAUAUGAUGGAAGUAAAGGCAAGGUAAUAAUGGAGGCAAAGAGCUCUAUGGCAGCAGUUGAGAUAGGAGGAGGACCGUGGUUUGGGACAUGGAAAGGAGAUACUAGCAACACACCUGAGCUACUCAAACGGUUUCUUCAAGUCCCAUUGGAUCUUGAAUCCGUCUUUGGUUUGGUCCCUUUCUUCAAGCCACCGGGUCUGUGAGCUAUUUCUUUGUUGAUAGAAAGCCAAGUGAAUCAAUACAUUUGUUGUUGCUAGCUUCACUAAUACAGUAUGUAUAUGUAUGGUUUAGUUUCUUGGGUCCUUUUGGUCAGUGUAAAAUCUACUUAAAAUGCCUAGUUCUUUAAAUUUAAACCGGGAAUUGGAUUGGUAGUUGGGUAUAUAAACCCAAAAAUAACAGGUUCAACC